AAAUAAACUGAGUUGCGACUAAGGAAGUGAUGUCUGAGUUUGAAGAGACAGAAUACUCACUGGGCCUGUUGAUGACAGCUUGAACGAUUAUACUGAAAUUACAAUGAAAACAACUAACAUUUGUAUCGUCGCGCUGACGCUGUGGGUGUGCACAGCUGCACAAACCAGGAUUCCUCUGAAAAAAGGACGCAGGUGGGGAUGGAUGAUGCUGGACAAUGGUAUAACUGUUGAAGAGCUGCAGAAACUGGAUAAAACAAUGGGUAGUUCUGCUGAAGUGAGGAACACAUCAACUUUUGAAAGGCUGACCAAUUUCAUGGAUGCCCAGUACUAUGGAGAAAUUGAGAUUGGCACUCCCCCCCAAACGUUUACUGUGAUAUUCGACACCGGCUCCUCCAACCUGUGGGUGCCUUCCUCGAAGUGCUCGUUCUUCAACCUGGCCUGCUGGUUGCAUCACCGCUACGAUUCUGGAAAGUCUAGCACCUAUGCCAAGAAUGGAACACAGUUUGCUAUUCAUUAUGGUCGAGGAAGUCUGUCUGGAUUUCUGAGUAAUGACACUGUCACUAUUGGAGACCUAGUUGUGACCAAUCAGUUGUUUGGAGAAGCAGUGAAACAGCCAGGCAUCAUGUUUGUGGCAGCUCGUUUUGAUGGUAUUUUAGGAAUGGCCUACCCUGUGAUAUCUGUGCAAGGAUCCCCUCCAUUGUUUGAUACUGCAAUGCAGCAGAAGAAGCUGCCACAGAACAUUUUCUCUUUUUACUUGAACAGAGAUCCAGCUGGUCAAGUGGGUGGAGAGUUGAUUUUGGGAGGUGUUGAUUCCAAGUAUUUCAAGGGAGAAUUCCAUUAUGUCAAUGUUACACGCAAGGCAUACUGGCAGAUCAAAGCUGAUGGGAUCUCUGUUGGGAAACAGUUGUCACUAUGCAAGGGCGGCUGCCAAGCCAUUGUGGACACAGGCACUUCUUUAAUAGUUGGUCCAACUGAAGAGAUUCGUUCUUUGCAAAAAGCAAUUGGGGCCAAACCACUUUUCAUGGGAGAGGUAAGAGCCAUCUGUGAAGAAUGUAGGUUAUAUUUCCGUGACGCCUGCCCGCACCAUGGUGCUCCAACAUUUGUUAGUGAUACCCCAGUUCCAGAAAAUGUGCCUUCACGAGCUGUACUGUCUCUGCCAGAAGGACUGGUGCUGCAGGAGAGAGGCUCUGGCGCAACAUCAGCAGGAGGCACUAUAGGAGUAUGGAGUUCAUUGCCAACCCUUCCACCUGGCUGGAUUUUUGGACCAUAUGAAGGGGAAAUACUACUAGAUAAACAAGAUUGCACUUUAUAUUCCUGGGCGAUCAAGGAAAACGGUUCUUAUUUUUACAUUGAUGCAACAGAUGAGUCAAAGUCAAAUUGGAUGAGGUAUGUGGCAUGUGCUUCAAAUGAAGAAGAGCAUAACCUUACUGUUUUUCAGUAUCGUGGACGAAUUUAUUACCGGGUAUGCCAGCCCAUUGCAGCAGGGACUGAGCUUCUGGUGUGGAUUGGUGAAGAAUAUGCUCGCACACUGGGCCUUAAAUUAGGAGAACACUUCAAAUAUGAGUUUGGAGAAAAAGAACUGCUGAUGAAGCUUUUCCAAGACUUGCAAGUGAAACCUCCUCUUCCAAGCACUACAGGCACCAGUAAUUCUAGCACUAGCAGUAACCACCAUGAACACUAUAGUGAAAUUGUUUCCUCUAUUAUACAGGCACAGAAGGCUAGCUACCAGUCAGUCCAUCCUUCAUCGUCAGCAGGUUCUAAUGCAGGCACAGGAACAACUGGAGGAACAACCAGUGGAACUGGGUUCAACUUUUUAGAUGGCACUCAGAAUCUAGUAAGUUUAGGACGUGCUCAGAGCCGUUAUUGGACAUUUUUUGGUUUCCAAGGGGAUGCAUAUGGAAGGAUUUUGGACAAAACAAAAAUCAUCUGCAAAUUGUGUGGCGUGCGAUUAUCUUAUAGUGGUAACACUACCAAUUUACGCCAGCAUCUGAUUUAUAAACAUCGACCAGAAUACAAUGAGCUAGUUGGCUCUCAGUCAGCUUUGCCAUCAUCUUCUAAAUCUUCAGAAACCUCUGCUUCUCCUUCAUCUGCUGGUGGUACUGGAGGAGGAUCGUCUCGUAGUGAAUAUGCAUCAAGUGUUAGCGGCUCAGCCAGAGCAGUGCAGAACAGCAGUAACAGCACAGUGCCAAUUGUGCGGGCAACUCAAGCCAUUGCUGACUUUUUGGUGAAAGACCUUCUUCCAUUAGAAACAGUGGAUGGGGAGGGUUUUUUGCAAAUGAUGGCAAUACUAGAGCCAUCAUAUAAAGUCCCGGCAUCAUCCUUUCUAGCCAACAGUGUUUUAAAAGAGGCCUACAUGCAGUACCGUAUAAAGUCUGCUGAUCUGAUAAAGGGGCCUGUGUCAGGAGGUACACCUAGGAGCUGUGCCAUCAGUAUUGACUUAUGGACACAUGGCACUCAGGAUGCCAGUUCCUCUCGACGCCAGUAUGUAACUCUGCUUGCUCACUUUGUGGAUGAUGCCUUUGACUACCAUAACUUGGUGCUGACUAGUCGGCCAGUAUUAGGAAACCUGAGUGCUGAUCUCUUGCAAGAUAUUGCUGGAGAGUGGGGGAUUGAGACUCCCAGUUAUGCAGUUAUUGGUGAAGGUAUUUGCCACUGCCACAGUGUAGGCCUGUGCACUGGUAGAGAUAGUUGCACUUAUGUGGAUUCAGCUAUCACAGCUUUAAAUUUAGCUGGUUGGAAAUCUAUUCCAUGUGCUGGGGCAGCUCUUCAGCGGUGUAUGGAAACUGUACUGAGGCGACAAGAUAUUUUGAGGACUCUGGAAAGAAGUCGAGAGCUUGCUGAAAGGCUACUGUCAUCUUCAGAAGAAACCCAGCAACAGUUUUUCCGUGGAAGAGAUCCUUUUCUUCGAACUCAGCUGAAGAUGCUAUCUCGUGAAGGAGCACAUUGGUAUGAUAUUUAUGGGCUGGCCCAGUGCUUAACAGAUCAUCGUCUUUUACUGAGCAGCUUGCGAGGAAUUGGUGGACAAAGCUCUCCUUUGGAAAGCCAGGACUGGAUGGUGCUGAAAGAGUUGGGGGAUGUACUAAAGCCAUUAGCAGUGGCAACUAGCACUUUGUCCAAGGACAGAUUCUCUAGCCUUUCCCUGGUAAAACCUGUCUUAACAAGCUUGAUAUAUAAGCACUUGGCCCCAUCUGAUGCAGAUUCAGACUUCACAAGAGAAGUCAAAAAAUCUCUAAGGGAUGAUUUGACCCAAAUUUAUGCUGAUCCAGAAGUCAAUCAGACUUUGAACUUGGCCUGUGCUUUGGAUCCCCGUUUUAGAGGUUUAGAUUUUCUCAGUCAAGUUGAUAGAGUUGAAACAUUUCAUUUAUUGAAACGGGAAGCUUCAGAAUUGGCCAAAUCACCCAGAAGGUCUUUAGGGAGCUUGUCUGUUCAAAAUGGAAAAAAGGAAAUAUUUAAUGGUACUGAUGCUCCAGAACUAGGAGGACAUGCACCUUCUGCAAAGAAGGCAAAGCACACAUCUGGAAUUGAGUUUCUCCUUGGCGACCUUUGCAGUGUUCGUAGCAGCUCUGUAGGUUCUGCUUGUCAACAAGCAGAGCAAGAGAUAGGCAGUUUUCAGACUAGUGAAGCCUCAUCUUUAUGCCAGGAGCCACUGAACUGGUGGAAAGUGCAUCAUGCACAAUACCCCCUGCUGGCCAGGGCAGCUCGGAAGCUACUGGCAGUGCCUGCAACAGUGGUGCCUGGUCCCUGGUUGUUCACAGAGGCUGGCGCUGCCAUAUAUAGAAAACGUGCUGCCCUUUCUGCUGAGCAUGUGGACAUGAUGGUUUUUUUGCAUGGAAAUUAUGCUGGUGGUGUUGGUUCUAGUGACUGCAACAGUAAUAGUGGCAGUAGUGCCAUCUGACUUGUUAAGAAAUCUUUAUUUAUACAUUAAUGUUCUUAAGUUGUAUUGACUGAUAUCUUUUCAAAUCUUGGUGUAGAUUGAGCAAUUUAACUGCUCUUAUUUUUACAGCAGAAUAUUAAUGAAAGGUUUAAUCAUGCCUUUUUAAGCUUUUUUUCCAGCAUACUUCAUAUUAGCCUUUGUCUACUCACAGUACAGGGGUUUAGAAAUAUUCUAAAAUACAGUGUUCUUUUCAGUAUGAUAAUAACAGAAUUAUUUUUACUGCUGUUGCAUUGGAAACCCGUAAACAGAUGCAUAGGCCUUCCCUGCCCUUUUUGAUGAUGCUCUAAAAUAAUUUUUCUACAUAGAUGUUUUUGGUUCAAGUCUCUUACUUAAAUAAGAAAACAUUUGAUGUUUCAUUUGUACUUGCUGUCAUAAGCUUACAUGCCUUCAUUUUAAGGAGUCUACAGCUACAUUAAGGCAGGAUAAGUAUCCACAACAGAACUGAAAUAUUGCAUCAAACCUGUGGUCAAUUAACAUAUAUCUCUUUUUAGGUUUGUAUCACUGUGUAGUACUGAAGUACUUAGAUCCUGCAUCUUUACCUUAGGUAGUUGGAGUUUCUUAUUGUACAUUAUAUGUAAGUUUUGUAGCAGCUCAGCCAUAACUGGCCUUUCCAUGAGGACUGAAAAAGCCAGAUCAGCAUUUUCCUCAGUAGCAGAGAUAAAUAAGGAAUCUGCAGAACACAAUGGUUGUCUAAAUUUGUGAUAGGGAGAGUGCAUUUGAACGAGUGUUCAAUUCAUCCAUGACUUUGCACAUUGUUUGCAUGUGCACCUGAAAAUCAGCAUAAAUAGGUCUGGAUUGUUCUCAGAAAUGGAAGGUUAAACAAUAAUAGAGACGUUUUAAAAAUUACAAUAAUAUAUUACAAAAGAUAUUAAAUCCUAACAUGUAAACAGAAUGAAAUGUUUAUUUCUUUUAAUCCUUAUGUAAUUUAGUGCAAUCUGUCAACUUUGUUCCUUCUUGAUCAUGUAACAAUCAUAUGCUAAAAGAAACAAUCAUGAUGUAAUUUA